AUGAAUCCAUACAUAGCGGACCCCGAUCAUAUUCCCCCUGCUGAUCUAUAUGCGGACUUGCCGCUUCACGGUCGAUAUUCUGCCAAACCAGAUGACUUCUGCAUCGAUGUAAAGGAUAUCAACUGUCAGUACCCACACUCAGUACAAUACUGGGCUUCAGUACAUGAUCUUUGCAACAAAUCCCUGGGGGUCUACCCGGCUGAUGAAGGGGGUCGCGACGUUUCCGCUCUUGGUAAUAUCAUCGUCAAGCCAGGCUACCUCCAUACGCAAGAUGGCGCAGAGUACUCAGAGAUCAUUUUCUAUUACGCCGAUGCAAAUGAUGUACAAGCUAUGGCUCUUGCGAAAAAUGUCUUGACGCACGUUAAACCGAUUAGAUUAACAUUCGACAGGUACGUGUCCAAGAGAGGCUUCGAGAGGCUUUCAGGUGGUGCGUUGACCGUUGCAUGGCCAUCCCUAUCACAAAGCCAGAAGGAGUCCUUCAUACAGCAAUCACGAGAAAUACUCCGGCAGCUGCAAUCGAUCAAGCCUACUAAUAGAUACCAGAUCCGCUCGCACAUUGUACCUGAUCCUGGCACUUACCAACGGCCGUAUCCAACCCCAUAG